AUGGACCACCGCUACGAAGACACCGAUGGAAACUUUUGUUGUGAUCGAUUUGAGUUUUUUCAUUUCACGGGCGUGCAGUCGCUGAAGCAGGUGUUUGACGCUAUCAAGUACUUUAUGCUGAAUAUGGAAAUUACGAUUUCCGAAGCUUUGGGACACACGACUGUUCGUGAAGACUACGACACGAUGGACGACAGCACUUCGAUUUGGAACUACCGGUUAGUAUCGACUGACACGUAUGGGAUCACGUCGGAGGUGAACAAGGUCGUGCUAACGGAAUAUCUCGAAGAGUCGGCACUGAUGGGUGGGAGACCUUGUGCGGUGAUGGUCACGGACAGCGUGGAUGUUGAUGAUCUGUACCCAUACGAGUCUCAAAAGCGAGUGCGAAUCGAUAUUAGUGCCACCACUGUGCUCACCCAAAUGACGUGUACAUCGCCCAAGUCAACAGAGGGCGAGCAGGAAAUUAGGAACGGGGUCGACAAGGAUGCUCCAAGAGCUGGCAGCAGGGACGAUGUCGUGGUUGUUAUGCAGCGUGCCGCCUUUAUGAAGAUGCACAGACCUGCGUUUGAGAUUCCAAGAAAUGCCAUGCGCUCGCUGAAGGAAGGUAUCGCGAGCUGGGGUGAGGUUGAAGUUCAGUCUAUCCGGGAAGCUGUCAAUGGUUAG